AUGUUUAUUUUACCGUCAGAAGAUAAAAUGGUAGUGCAUUUAUAGUCCUACAUCAUAUGUCCACACAUUAAACCCUGUAUGUUCUAGCGGGGUUAGAAUUUAAACACCAUCUUCUGCAGUGGGCAUUUUAAGAGAUUAUAAAUAGCAAUAAAAACAGUGAACGCACCGCUGGUGCUCAAGGCUAGUGCCUCAGCCCCAGGAUUCUUGCUGCCCCUCCUCUGCAGGACCCCGGGCCGUCCCCUCCGCCAAUGACCGAGCCCGAGCAGCGGCCCAGGGGAGGGCUAAGAUCUGCAGGAACGCGCCCUGUCAACUUUGUAGUCCAGUCACCUCCGUCGGUUGGUAGCGGCCGCUGUGGCUUUAAAUGGCCGGGGGAUUUCGAAUCGGGGAAGGCGGGAGGUCAGGCCGAGGGGCGCCCCCCGUCGCGGGGAGCCCCCGCCCGCCGCGUCCCCGGACCCGAGCGCGGCCGCGCGGCUUUGUCUCCGGCGUCGCGCCCUGCACUUCCCCGUGCGCAGCCUGUAACCCGAGCUCCCAUUUCCUGGUGGAUUCUCUUAAAGCGGCCGCGGUCGCCGCGCAGAACAAAGGCCAUUGUCUCGCUUCCUCCUGCGGCGCCGCGUCCUUCCCGGAAAGCCCCUUCCUAGACCGCGGUCCCGGGGCUGCGUCGGCGCCCCGGGGAGCGCACAGGAAAGCCCCUACUGUGCGUGGCCCAGGGCCCCCGGAGGUGCAGCCAGGAGAGGCGGGAGCGGAAUGAACCAGGCUCGAGAGUCCUGGGGCCACGCUGCGAGGUUCCCCCAAAGGCGUCCUCCUUGGGGCGGCCCUGUGGGCACCCCGCGCCCCUCCCCCGCACGCCUUUUGAUUUCCCCGCGGCCCGCGGUAACCCGAGCUUUUAUUUCCUGGUGGCUCCUUUAAGAGGCAGAGCCGGGUGCUGGGAAUUCACGUCAGUUUCUGCCCUGAAACUCUCAAGAUCAAUGAGCAGAGAGCUUUCUCAGUUCUGCCUUUCAGUUUCUCUCUUCCAGGAAGGAAAACAUUCGAGAGAGAGAGAGAGAGGGAGGGAGGGAGCGAGCGAGCGCCGCGGGGAGGGCGGGGGCGGGCGCGCCGGCCGCGGGUGGGAGGAGACACGCGAGGCCGGCCGGCUGCGCCCCGGUCGCCGCGCCGCGACCCGCACACCCCACGCCGUGCUCGCCGGCUCCCACGCCCCCGCGCCGCGCGCCCGAUCCGUGCGCUCCGAAGACCCCCCCCCCCCACCGGGCGGCCGCCGUUGGCGAUGCUGCAAGAAACUUCUUAAAUGACCGCGUCCCGCUGCCCCGCCGAGCGUUUCUGGGUUGGGGAGAGGAAAGGAAAGUGGAAAAAAACUGAGAACUUCCUGAUCCCUCUCGCUGUGAGACAUGUCUGAGACUCCUGCUCAGUGUAGCAUUAAGCAGGAACGAAUUUCAUAUACACCUCCGGAGAGUCCAGUAGCCAGCUACGGGUCCUCAACUCCGCUUCAUGUUCCAGUGCCUCGAGCGCUCAGGAUGGAGGAAGACUCGAUCCACCUGCCAGCGCACCUGCGCUUGCAGCCGAUUUACUGGAGCAGAGAUGACGUAGCCCAGUGGCUCAAGUGGGCGGAAAACGAGUUUUCUUUAAGGCCCAUUGAGAGCAACACGUUCGAAAUGAACGGCAAGGCGCUCCUGCUGCUGACCAAAGAGGAUUUCCGCUACCGAUCUCCUCAUUCAGGCGAUGUGCUCUAUGAGCUCCUCCAGCACAUUCUGAAGCAGAGGAAACCUCGCAUUCUCUUCUCACCUUUCUUCCACCCUGGGAACUCUAUCCACACGAAGCCGGAGGUCCUGCUGCAUCAGAACCAUGAAGAAGAUAACUGUGUCCAGAGGACGCCCAGGCCGCCUGCAGAGAGUGUGCACCACAACCCUCCCACCAUUGAACUCUUACAUCGCCCUAGGUCACCCAUCACCACAAACCACAGGCCUUCUCCUGACCCCGAGCAGCGGCCCCUGAGGUCCCCUCUGGACAACAUGAUCCGCCGCCUCUCACCAGCUGAGAGGGCCCAAGGGCCAAGGCUCCAGCAGGAAAAUAACCACCAGGAGUCCUACCCCCUGUCAGUCUCUCCUAUGGAGAAUAAUCACUGCCCAGCAUCCUCGGAGUCCAACCCGAAGCCCUCCAGCCCCUGGCAGGAGAGCACACGAGUGAUCCAGCUGAUGCCCAGUCCCAUCAUGCACCCUUUGAUCCUGAACCCCCGGCACUCAGUAGAUUUCAAACAGUCCCGGCUCUCCGAAGAUGGGAUGCAUAGGGAAGGGAAGCCCAUCAACCUGUCUCAUCGGGAGGACCUGGCUUACAUGAACCACAUCAUGGUCUCUGUGUCCCCGCCUGAAGAGCACGCCAUGCCCAUCGGGAGAAUAGCAGACUGUAGACUGCUUUGGGAUUACGUCUAUCAGUUGCUCUCCGACAGCCGGUACGAAAACUUCAUCCGAUGGGAAGACAAGGAAUCCAAAAUAUUCCGGAUAGUGGAUCCCAACGGACUGGCUCGCCUGUGGGGAAACCAUAAGAACAGAACAAACAUGACCUAUGAGAAAAUGUCCAGAGCCCUGCGCCACUACUACAAGCUAAACAUUAUCAGGAAGGAGCCCGGACAAAGGCUUUUGUUCAGGUUCAUGAAAACCCCAGACGAAAUCAUGAGUGGCCGGACAGACCGUCUAGAGCACCUCGAGUCUCAGGAGCUGGAUGAGCAAGCGUACCAAGAGGACGAAUGCUGAGGACCCACCACGGCCUCACCGGCUGGCCAAGAAGAAACCUGCCCACGGGGACCGCUGGAGGUGUGCUGGAGCAGGCGGACUGGGGAUGGCUAAGAAAGAAGAGGCCCAGGAACAGCAGGAACGCUUCUCUUCCAGACUGAGAGGGACCCAGAGCACCUUAGACAAACCACGCAGCAACGGCGGCGGGGCUGGAAUUCUGGCGGAGGGCACAAGCCUGAGACUCACAUGUCACAUUUGCGUCUCCUUUGGACCUCUUGUCCUUAGCGCCUCACCCUCACCCUGCACCUGUUGUUAGUCUCACGGUGUUUCUGUUUUUGUUUUUGUUUUUUUUUUUUCUGUUUUUUUUUUUUUUAAGAACAUGCAGUUUGACUAUUCAUUGUUCAUACAGGGGAAGACAUCACAUGUUGUUUUCCUAUGGAAAUAUAUCUAUUAUAUAUAUUAUUUUUUAUGCAAAUCUCACAAAGUACGGCCAGCUCAGCUGGUCAGGAAAGAGACUUGCAGAAGGGAUCAGGCUCCUCAUUCUCCCGCCACAUGGAUCAGGUUUGUCCUCUUGCAGUUGGGUCUUGGAUGAGAAAAAGAAAAAGAGAGAGAUACUUUCAAAACAAUGAAAGAGAAAGUUCUCUCUGUCCCCCUUCUGCCCCCCUUCUCUCAUUCAUCCUAUCCCCCUCUGCCUUCUCUGCCUGCUGGUCCAUGUCACAUGCCUUUCAGCAGACCUAGCCUCGCUAGCACCUAAGCUAAAGAGUGACCCGGCUGUUCCCUGGCCAUCAGCCCAUAACCAGACCCCUGGGGCACCCAUCUGAAGGAGAUCAAACACCUCACAAAUGCUGCUGUAUUUCAGAAAGAUCAGUGGAGGUCCAGUUAUAAGAUAGGCCAAAGGCUGGUCCAGUGAUGUGGAAGGCCCUGGCAGCUUGGGAUUAUACUGAACAGAGUGCCACAAAGUGGGAAAAUACGAGAUGCUCACACAGACCUAGUAGUGGUCCAGGGUCUAGGCAGAGCUGUUCUGCAGUGAGGAACAGGUUGUGCAGGCUGGGGAGAAAGCAGAGCUGUCGGUUUCAUUCCCAAGACUUCUUGCCCUUGUGGGAUUGCUGCCACCCCCACUCCAGGUCCUAGCCUUUUGUUGCUUUUCUUUGCUGGUCUUCACUGAACAUAGAAGAGAGGAUCCUGGUGUGUGGUGUGCAGACUCGGCCACAGCUGGUAUAUGCACAACCAGCACAGACGGGAAAGUCCUCAUUUCUGCUCCUGUCACCGCUGUAUUUCGAGAAGACAUAUCUGUGGCUUUUUUCACCUCGACAUAAGGUCGGUAGUAUCUUCUAAGAUGAGGGGAGUGCUUUGCCUUAGGACUUUUGAUAGCAGAGAUUUUUAGACGACUGUUUAGCUUCAAGGGAGAUUUGGGUUUUGUUUUGUUUUGUUGGUUUUUCAAGACAGGGUUUCACUUUGUAGCCCUGGCUGUCCUGGAUCUUGCUUUAUAGACUAGGCUGGCUUCAAACUCCGAGAUCUGUCUGCCUCUGCCUCCUGAGUGCUGGGAUUAAAGGUGUGGAUUAAACCACAUCCAGCUUUUCCCCCCUUUUUAACCGUCCAGGUGAACUCUUUGAACGGCAAUGUUUUUAACCCAGGUGAUGAGGCCUGCCUUAUCAACCACCGCUUGUCUUUCCUUUGUGUCUUCCACACCCUGAGUGAACAUCUCCCUGCCCUCUGUGUGUGUGUACUCGACCAGAGGCAGUACACAGGUGAAGCUCGCAGAGCGAAACUGCCCUCCAACCAUUCCAAGUGAGGCACAUAGAGGCUAGGAGUACCCAGGCAUUUCCCUCUGGGCCUCACUCACCAGACAUCAGCUCACAGACAUGCAGAAGGACUAUGGUUCAGAUACUGGAACUGAGUUGAUCGGGCUGCUUUAGUCUUGGCUGUGACUCCCGAGUCCCUCCCCCAUCUGCCUUCCAAGAGGUCAGUGAGCUUCUGGGUGAAGGAUUUGGGCUUAGUAUUCAUUUGUGGGUGGAGAUGAGAGCCACAUGCUAUGUUUCUUGACAUAAAGCAGGCGAUACUUUAUUUUUCUUGGCCUCUAAAAUGACUGGUACCUUAUCUCAAGUGGGGAGAUUAAGCCAAAUUCUUAUGUUCUAUGAACUCCUGGGUUGAACUAGAGAGAAAGGGUGGGGUUUUUGGUUUUUGUUUUGACUGAGGUCCUGUGUAUAACUAUGAAAUGAGAGAUUAAGACACCUCGUUCUGGCCACUUUGCCCACGUGCAGAACCCAGUCUCUCACUGUCCAAAGAAUCUUCAGAUUGACUGGGGAAGGAAAUUCCCUUAUUCCCUAAGGGCCCUGGAUUAAAAGCAUAUGAAAGUUUGUAAGGCUUGGGACGGCAGCUUUAGCCGCUUAUGUUAGAAAUGCUCAUUGCAGUGUGGUUGUUACUUCCCACCCGGUGUUUACAGUAAUGAUUUACGCUGGUUCUCCUAACUGCAAAAGUCCUCAUUUGUUUAUUUGGGAAGACAAGGCCGGUGUUGUCACCAGGGAUACAGUGCUCUCUCAGGCUGCAGACUCAGAGGGUUCAGAUUUAGCCCGUCACACCCUGGAGGGAA